UUACCCGGCUUUCCCAAAAACACACAACUGAGCUGAAAUGGUUCGAGGAGGAAAGAAGAGUGCCGCCACCGCCGCCGAUCCGGAGGCGGGAGAGAGGUCGCGGCUGAAGAAAUUGGCCCUCUCCCGAAGCAUUCUGUCGCGGGAUGCCGUGAAGCUAGCCGGUUCAGCCGCUCUCGCCCCGUCCAAAACUGUGAUCAAGCACCACGGCUGUGAUAUCUUGAGGAAGUCGCAGCGGAAGAACAAAUACCUCUUCUCAUUCCCUGGCCUUCUCGGCCCCGUCUCUGGCGGGAAAAUUGGGGAGCUCAGAGACCUUGGCACCAAAAACCCCAUUCUAUACCUACACUUCCCUCAGGGUCGAAUGAAAUUGUUUGGAACAAUUGUUUAUCCGAAGAACAGGUUCUUGACACUGCAAUUUUCCAAGAGCGGGAACAAUGUUACAUGUGAUGACUACUUUGAGAAUAUGGUAGUAUUUUCAGAUGCUUGGUGGAUCGGGACUAAAGAACUGAAUCCAGAAGAGUUACAGCUUGAGUUUCCUAAGGAGCUCAAUCAGGAAAAACAGGAAAAAGUCGAUUUCAAGGGUGGAGUAGGGGUCCCAUCGGACUGUAAACAAGGUUCUGUAAGACCUGCAAUGAAAAGCUUGGAACGAAAGCCUGAAAAAGAUUAUUUAGAGGAUGAGUUAACUGACAGUCCUGAUGAUUACAAGGAGUUGACCGAAAUGACUCCCACCAGACAUUCAGCCAGGACUGCUGGGAAAACGUUCAAAUUUGCAGAAUCAUCUGGAAAUGGAGAUGAGACACCUGAAGAAGAGGAUACCAAAGUUGAUGAUGCUAAAAGAGUUUAUACAUCUACGAAGACUGGGAAAGCUAAGGACCCCUCUGAGAAUCAGAGAACACCUCUUGUUCAGACAACAUUAUCUUCACUGUUUAAGAAAGUGGAGGACAAGAAGGAGAAGAAGGAUGCAGAAGGCAAUACCAACACUUCUGAAGCCUCGAAUGCUAUAAAAGGGAGAAAGAAAAUAGGGGGAAGAAAGUCUGAGCCGUCAACUGCAAGUAAGGACCGGAAAAAGCAACAUAAGGUUGACGAAGACAAUGAGAUCGAAGAGUUCUCCAGCUCACCAGAGGACAUGGGUGAAAGUGAUGAAGAUUGGACUGUUUGAAAUAGCGCCAACAUACAGUACUAAAGAAAUCCACAGGUCUCUCUCUCUAUAUAUAUCGAACCAGCGCAAUAUUUUCUUGUCUUUUCAUGUAUCCGCUUCACCUUUUUUUAUUCUUUGUACGAAAUUUCUUCAUCUAUAAAUUUAGUUCUUGAGAUGGAGAGGUUAUUAUUAAUUACUAGAAUAGUGAUCAUUCCAUCCUUA